AUGCCACCAACUCGAAAGGCCCAUCACAAAUCACGAAAUGGUUGUAACCAAUGCAAANAGAGACACGUAAAGUGUGAUGAAGUGCGGCCAACUUGUGGGAACUGCGUGAAACGAGAUGCAACUUGCAGUUUCUCUUCGAAUGACCAAAGCCCUUCCACUGGCCAUGAGGACCGAGACACGCCAACAAAUGUUGUCGAAUCGCAACACAAGAUUCUCUCACGAGCCGAAGAGAUGGAUCUGAUGCACUUCUUCACAACCACUACCAUUAAAACUGUCUGUCAUGAUCCCAAAGACUGGCAUAUGUGGGAACACAGUAUCCCUCAGCUGGCCUUUCAGCACGAGUAUUUGCUUGACAUCCUGCUAGCAUUGGCUUGCGUGCACCGUUCUAAGCUUCAUCCAAUCAAUGCUAAAUUUUGGGUUCGAUGUGCUAUCGAGUAUCAGAACCGAGCGUUGCCGAUUUUCUUCAAGGUACUCGGCGAUGUGAACGAUGAAACCUGCCACGCUGCUUUUGCAUUAGGUACAGCAAUGCUGUAUCUGACCAUGCUAGAGCCUCUCAAAUACGGCCCCAUGACCCCGUUCUUCAAACCCAAAACCAUUACAUGGGAGUACGACCCAGAAAUUCGAGAGUCUUUCCAUGACAGGAUCACCCAACUCUACGACGUAGUUGCUGGAAGUCCCGAUGAGAAAACCUACAACGAAACCAUUGCUCUUCUACUAAGACAAUUUUACGACUCGCCAUUCGCCGUUAUGGCCUUUUCAUUACUCGUUGGGCCAGACUUCUUCCAGCUUGUUUGUCAGCGCGAGCCUCUGGCCGUGCUGAUUUACAUCUAUUGCGGUGUCUUGUUCACCAAUAUCAAUGAAUGGUGGUGUGACGGUCUGGGGAAGCGUAUCGUUGAUGAUUUGACAAUACCUUCAGAAGUGCUGGAGAGCAGCCCAAAGAUUGCAUCUGCUCUUUUAUGGGCCAAGCAGCAAGCCAGCAAGUCUACAGAGUCAAACAAAGUCCUGUUUUGGCGAAUAUUCCCUAACGAACGCGUCGAGGACUUGCUGCACCCAGACGACAACCUACAUAGUCUGCGUUCGAACAACGCCUCCGCGGUAACGACGCCUGAUACUGGCCGACCAAGAAACGGCAGUGUGAGAGACUAA